AGGAGCUCUUUAAGCCCCGGCACCGACACACAGAGCAGGCAUUCAUACUCGGGCAGCGCGAGCGAGGGGGCUCGGGAGCGAGCGUCACUUUGGAAACUCACGGAUUCUCGUGCUAAACCGGCGACCUCCUUUUCUCAUUACUGAAGUCGUGUCUGUUGGAUAUCAACCGCGGGACAAACGGAGGAGAGAGUGAAGGGGAAGUCAGGAGGGAAGUGAGACUGGGUGAGUUUGGUGCUGACAGCUGUGCAUUAGCAGGUAAACUGGGGUCCAAGGUGCGCGCUGAGCCGCCUAUGAUACCAACAACACGGAUGGAAAGAACUUUAAUGUGGAACCCUCACAGAGUUUUGCAACGGAGGCUGAGAGUAGAGACAGACUGGCAGUUCAUAUUAUAACUUGAAGGAGCCCAGAGGGACAGAUCAGACAGCCGACACUCCGUGCAUCACUGUAGGGAUUAACAGCAUCAAGGACCCGACAGGUAGAGCUGAGCGUUUAGGAACAGACCUUGCAUCUUCUGCGCACCUAGUGGCUUGUGUGUGUGUAGGAGGAGGAUGUCCAGAGAGGAGCAGAGCUUGUCGGAGGUUGAGCUCAGCCCGGGGAUGUCGGACGACAGUCGCUCUCUGUCGCCGGGUCAUUCCUCCGGUGCGACUGGCGGGGGGGACUCGCCUCUCCACGGGCAGCAGCAGCCGCAGCUGCCGCAGCUGACGAGUCUGGACGACUCGACGGCGGGCUGCUCGUCCAUCAAAUCCGACGAUGAGGACGACCGCUUCCCGGCAGGAAUCCGUGAUGCAGUCAGCCAGGUGCUCAACUGCUACGACUGGACCCUCGUGCCCAUGCCCGUGCGCGUGAACACCGGAAACAAGAACAAGCCGCACGUGAAGAGGCCCAUGAACGCCUUCAUGGUGUGGGCGCAGGCGGCGCGGAGGAAACUGGCCGACCAACACCCGCACCUGCACAACGCGGAGCUCAGCAAGACCCUGGGGAAGCUCUGGAGGCUUCUUAAUGAGAGUGACAAGCGACCCUUCAUCGAGGAGGCAGAGAGGCUGCGGAAGCAGCACAAGAAGGACUACCCUGACUACAAAUACCAGCCAAGACGCCGCAAGAGUGGAAAGCCGGGUUCUGGAUCAGGAAGUGAGGCCGAUGGCCAUUCGGAGGGUGAGGUCACCCACAGCCAACCUCACUACAAGGGCCUCCAGCUGGAUGUGGCCCUGAGUGGGGGAGCCGGGUCACCUCUGGCAGAUGGGCACCACCCUCUUGCUGCAGGUCAGAGUCACAGUCCUCCUACACCUCCUACCACUCCCAAGACCGAGCCUCAGUCUGGGAAGGCAGGGGAUGGAAAGCGAGAGGGUGUUGGGAAUGGGGGCUCCCGUGGUGCAAUGGGAGCAGAGGGGAGCUCAGGUGCUCCGGGAUCUGGCAAACCUCACAUCGACUUUGGUAAUGUGGACAUUGGUGAGAUGAGCCACGAGGUGAUGGCAAACAUGGAGUCUUUUGAUGUCAAUGAGUUUGACCAGUACCUUCCACCUAAUGGACACCCAGGGGUUGGGCAGAGUGCUGGGGCAGGAGCAGCUGCAACGACUUCGCCUGUCUCUCCGUACACCUACGGCAUAUCCUCAGCUCUGGCAGCAGCCAGUGGACACUCCGCAGCCUGGCUCUCUAAGCAGCAGCAGCCGCUGCAACAUCACGGCCCCCCUCUGGGCUCAGACCCUUCCAAGGCCCAGAUCAAGAGUGAGGCUGGAGGUGCUGGGGGUCACUUCACAGAGGGAGCCUCAGUAGGUUCCCAUGUCACCUACGCUCCCCUCAGCCUCCCUCACUACAGCUCUGCCUUCCCCUCACUAGCCUCCAGGGCUCAGUUUGCUGAAUAUGCUGACCACCAGGCCUCAGGGUCAUACUACGCCCACUCCAGUCAGGCCUCGGGGCUGUACUCUGCCUUCUCUUACAUGGGGCCCUCCCAGAGGCCCCUGUACACUGCCAUCACUGACCCAGCCAGCGUACCGCAGUCACACAGCCCCACACACUGGGAACAACCCAUCUACACGACACUGUCGCGGCCAUGACAGACAACGAGACCAGAGGGCACUGGUGCAGGUUCAGCCCCCAUGUCAGACCCGAGGAGCAGCAGCUACAACAGCAGUGUUGGUGGUAUCAGUGGUGAAAGUGGUCUGGGCUGGGGGGAUUGGGCAGGCACUGGGAGAGUCGGCAGGGGAGACAGGAGGGGAGAAACCCCGUACUGCUCUCGCCCAGAUGCAGAAGCGCUGUCACAGCCCAAGGAUGAGCUUGGAGCGUGGUGCUUUUGAAGCGUGGUUGAUUAUUUGGGGCACUCAGUGUAGUAGUGAGAGAAUGUAUUACAUUGCACCCACCAUCACAGAGUUCAGGUUAGAUUCACAGCAGCCAAGCCUCUGGCGCUCUAAACAGCAUAAUUGGCAGUGUUCAUAAGUGGAAAAGGAUCAUAUCCCUGUCAGUUUGGUGACUCCAUGUAUAUCAGAGGAGACACCUUGUAGUCCACAGUCCUCCCCAAGAAUCCACAAGGGGUCAGUGGCACCAGAGAACAUGGUACACACUGAUAAUUAGCAAGACUUUGAUCUGUAUUGUGAAGGGUGUGACUGAGACGGAGCCAAAUUCAUUAUAUAUGAAAUGGGGAGUACUGUAAUAGAAGAACGGAGUGCCAAACUAUUUGGCUGUGGCCCAUUCACUUCUCAGGCAAGAUUGACCUUUUAUCAAACAGAUGUUAGUUUUGUAUUGCUUUUGGAAAUCAAUGCAACAAUUACUGAUGUCAUUCUGUUGGUACAUUUGACCCUAUUCAAAUGAUUAUGCUGUGUUCAUUUAACAUGCCUUUUGUACACACAAUUAACGUGCAUGGAAGAAAAAUGCCAUAAAACUCUGCUGAAGUUUUGUUAAUUGUAUAUUAAGUCAAAAAAAAAUAUUAUUUUCAUGAUGACUGACUAUUAUCAGGAUAGUUUGAACGAUGUACUUGAAAUUACAAAUGUACAUUUAUUGAUGAAGAUUUGUAAAAUGACCAAAGUUUUGAGACCAAAACUUGCAGAACAGAAACUGAUGUUUCUCCCAACGUGACACUCAAAACUACCUUACAUUUUGUAGCUAAAUAGUUUUCUCUUAGCUGUCAACAUUUUUCCAAUGUGACUGAAACAUACUGGUGUCAAAAGCUACUUUCGCCUUAUUUUUUUCCACAAUGGCACUGAUGAGUGUGAUGAGUUUCAUUAAUAUCUGACGCAUUCAUGAAGAACAUUCAUGACAAAAGACAAUGCUGAACAAAUAUAAAUGCAGCACUUUUGUUUUUGCUUCCAUUUUUCACGAGUUACAAUAAAAAAUCUUAUACUUUUUGCUACACACACAAAAGGUUUAGUUCUCUAAAAGGCUCUCCUUAAAUCUAUUUUAGUGAGCAUUUCGCCAACUUAAUCCACCCACGAGACAAGCGUGGCAUAUCAAAGUGCUGAUUAAACAGGAUGGUUAUUACACAGCUGUUGUCUUGAGCUGCUCACAAUAAAAAGCCACUCUAAAAUGUGCAGUUUGAUCACACGCUGACUGCACGGAUGAAACAAUAAGCCGAACAUAAGCAGUCUCCAAUGUUGUUUCCAAGAAUUUGGCAGUACAUCCAACCGGCCCAGUGAGCCAGUCCAGGACCUUCACAUCAAGAUCAUUUCAGCACAGCCACUGAGAUGAGCUUCCCUGAGACAGCUUCUGACGGUUUGUGUAGCAAUUUGUAGCAAUUGUCGAAUACUGGCAUUUGGGUAGUGACUUCUGCAUCAGAUACCAAUAGAAAAAGCCGUCCUGUCAUGUCGGCAUGACAUGCCACUGAGUACCAUCAGUGUGUAAUGGCACCUGAUGGCAUCAGGAGGAAAUGCAGUGGGACGACAAUUAAAGUUAAGGGGAAGAAAAGUUCGAACAGGGCAGGCGGAAGGGGUGGUGGAUGGGUCCAACAGUCACUGACUUUCACCUGGUUGCCCAGAGUUUGCUUCCCGUAUGAAUGUAAAGCCAAUCCCUGUUAUAUUUUUUCUAAACCUAACCAUGUGUAUGUGUGUUGGCAAAAUAUAACCACGUGAAAUUUGAAAGGAAAAAAAAAAAAAAAAAAAAAACGUUAAAUCUCAAUGCUGCACUGACAUAGUACAUUUAUUUUGAAAGAGACUGUAUGCAAAUGGAAUAUUUCCUGCGAAAAUGGAAGUGUAUUUUGAAAAGACACAAUGCAUAUAACAGGCUAAAGUUGACACGGCGUCCCACAACAUCAACAACAGAUACACCCAUAUCUGAAAAGAAAAGUCCACAACCAAGCAGAUAUGUUACGAGGUCGGGGUGACAAUGUGUUGCCGGGUUGGGUUACACAUGAUCUGCAGUUGUGAGGCUGAUUGGAUGUACUGCCAAAUUCUCGCACAUGACAAUGAAGACGGUUUAUGGUGGUAAAAUUAACAUUCAACUCGCAGGCAACAGCUGUGGUGGACGUUCCUGCAGUCGGCAUGCCAACAGCACUCUCCCUCAAAACUUGCAACAUCUGUGGCAUUGUGUUAUGUGAUAAAUGUACACGUUCUAGAGUGUUUAGAGUGUUAUUGUGAGCCUCACAAGGCACACCUGUGUGCUAAUGAUGCUGUUUAAUCAGUAUGUUAAUAUGCCACACCUGUCAGGUGGAUGGACUUUGUUGGCAAACUGCUCACUGACACAGAAUUUGUGAGCAAAAUUUAAGAAAGCCUUAGCCUUUUGUGUGCAUGGGAAAAGAAAUAGAAACUCGAAAAAUGGGAUCAAAAACAAAAGUGUUGGGUUUAUAUUUUUGCUCAGCGUACUUGCAUAAUCCAUUUUUGCUUUCCAUGGUUGCAACAUGUCAUAGAAUACAUAUAGAAGCUUUUUCAUUGUUUUAACCAUUGACUGUAUUAAUGCUUUUUGCCGUUACUUUCUCCACUAAAAAUCUGCACCACUGCCUUUUCUUUUCCUUUUUAAUAUCAUUCAAAAUGUGUAUAUAGAACAGUAUUCAACGUGAAAUGUCAGAUCUUUUGAUUGUAGUUGUGUAACUUUUAAAAAAGAAGCAUUUUGGGGACAGUUUUAAUGUGGGAGAUGCCAAUACUGAGAAACAGUUGCCAGAGAUUGAGCGAGCAAAGCUUCCUGGAGAUAAUAUGUUUUAACACAGCCUUAUAUUAAACUCAAAAUGUGCCUGGUCCUUAACAAUACCUGCUAUUCAUGCAUGAAACAGAGAAGCAUUUUAUCUGUUAUGUUUGUGCCUUUCCCAGCGUUGUGGACUAUUAGUUAAACUGUUUUACACAUUAUGUUUAUCUCUGUUUGGUAUCCGUAGUCUACUGCGUUUCCUCGUCUCCAAAACAGAACUGUAUUUUGAAUAUCUUAUUCUCCACAUGCUUUGUUUUUAUAUAUAUAUAUAUAUAUAUAUAUAUAUAUAUAUAUAUGUGUGUAUCACUCAAAUAUUCUUUAUCACUACUGGACACAGAUCCAGACAAUAUGCAUGCAUCACUGCUUGUUUUAAUUCACAGUCCAUGGAAGCUUAAUGUCUGUUUGUAUUUAACCAUUGACCUCGAGCACAAGAGGCCACGUUACAUCUUUGUUGCUAUGUGUGAAUUAUGUGUAACGUUGCUAUGAAUUUUACAUCUCCUAUUUAUAUUUGUUUCAUGUUUGUGUGCGCUGUUGAAUUGUUUCUCUCCAUUAUGAGGACAACUGUUGACUGUUACUGCCAUUUUAGUAUUUCAUUUUUUGUUUUUCUUUCUUGUAUAACUGUUGCCAGCACAGCACGGCAACACGACUUCUUAAUAACAGCAGGAGCGAAAGCCUAAACAUGUGAUGAUGACUAAUGACCUUUUGCGCUCACUUGAAAUAAAGCUCUAUUAUUUCUGCUUUGAUACAA